AUGAAAGAUAACGAACGCUUCAACGAGAAGACAGAGUUGGGCGCCACUCCGUUGAUGCUCGCGGCCAAAAACAAAGACCUGAAAAGCUGCGUGGCGCUCGUGGAAAAAGGCCAAGACCCGGAAGCGACCACAGAUUUGGGCGUAUCGCUUCUUCACUUCGCGGCCGUGAAUAAGAGGCAUGGACUGGAAAUUAUUUCGCACUUCCUGGGCCAUGGACUCGAUUUAUCAGAAGCAAAGGACGUUGACGGCGAGGAGCCAGUCCUUUACGCCAUCAGGACAGGAGACUUUAGCCUCGCCAGGAAUAUUUUGAAGCUUCAUAAUGGGGAAACAAACCUGUUGCUCUUCUUUGUUGCCCAAAACAAUUUAAAAAUCGUCAAAAUUAUUCACGCAGACGACCCUGAAUUGAUCAAACAUCAAGAUGCAAAAGGUAAUAGUGCCCUCCACCUUGCGGCCGAGUUUGCGGACCUGAAAAUGUGUGAGUGGAUCGUCAAACAAGGCGUCGACGUAAGAUCUGUGAACGCACUCAAAAUGACUGCACUGCACUGCGCUAUGCUGAACGUUAAUUAUGGGAGAGAAAUUGUCAGGUACUUGGUCGUCCGUUUCAAAUUGGCCAUUUACGCCAAAAACAGUUUGAGCGAGACGCCCCUGCACCUGGCCCUUUCGACUGGAAACCUUGAAUUGGCGCAGCAGUUACUGAACUUUGGAGUCAAAGUAAAGAGGUGCGGCAAGAACCUUUUGCACUACUGCGUCAAAAGAAAUAAGCUAAAAGGCGCAAGGUUUGUGCAAAGUAGGAACAAAUCUCUGAUAAAACAUCGCGACUCCAAUGGCGAAAACGCUCUUCACAUCGCAGCUGAGUCCGCGGACAUGGCAAUGUGCCACUGGCUAAUUGAGCAGGGCGUCGACGCCAAGACUUUGGUCCGAGUGAGGAAAUCCUCGGCUCUCCAUUACGUCGGCUGCAACAUAUUCUACGGAAAACAACUCGUCGCUUUCUUCGUCGGCUUGGGGUUGGAUUUGAACAAAAUGGACAAGUUUCUCUACACCCCUCUUCACGUCGCUCUGAUUAACCAAAAUAUUGAGGUCGCUGAGGAGAUGGUCAAAUUCGGUGCCGACUUUAGAGUAAAAUCUGGCCACUUCAAUCUGCUGCACUAUUCUGUAAUUGGCAAUGAAUUAAAAAGCGUCCAAUUUUUGCAUUCCAAGGACCCAGAACUGGUGAAGGAGCUGACACUAUUGAGGGAAAACGCUCUUCACCUGGCCGCGAAGCACGCGGACAGAGAAAUGUGCAAAUUUCUGUGCGAAGAGGCGGGCGUCAAUCCUUUCAGCUCGAAUGAGAUGAACAACAAUGUGUUGCACCUCGCCGCGGCCAACGAAAAACACGGGGCGGAACUCGUAGAGUACUUUGCCACCGAGAAAGGGGUGGACGUGCAUCAAAGAAAUGUAUCUCUCGAGACCCCUCUGCACCAUGCUCUUGACCGAGAAAAUCUGGGCGUCGCUGAGGCGUUGCUCCGGGCAGGCGCCAGCAUUAAUGCCUUAUUGGCUCAUGACAGCCUCCUGCACUUUUGCGUUAGUAGAAACAAAUUGCAAAGCGUUAGGUUUGUCCUCGAGAAGAAUAAAGACAUGAUCAACGCAAUUGGCAAUUACGGAAUGACCGCUUUGCACGUUGCGGCAAAGUUGGGUCACCUCGAUUUAUGCGAGUUUUUGGUGGAGCAGGGAAUUGACUUGAACGCAGAAGAUGCGUUUAACAACAUGGCGCUAACCUACGUCCCGUUUUAUUAA